AUGGCAGCGCCCAACCCCACCAACAACGCCGCUCGUCCUACACGCCCCGUGUUGCGACAGACCCUUUCCAGUAAUUCCUUCAUCCACGACCACCAGCAGUACAAGCCGUCGGUCCCCAUCCAGACUAUCGGCAAUGUGAUUGGCAACUCCCCCGAGUCGGCGUUGGCCUCGCUGUCCCUCAAAACAAACCCCAUCAGCCCCGAUCCCCAGAAGGUGACCGAUAGCGGCAUCAUCCACAGCAUCUUCAACCCCCAGCUGGAUCCUUACCACGGUGACACCCAGCAGCUGGUCGCGACUAUCUUCUACAAGUCGUCGGAACCGAUCCACCCGCACCUGCACCCCGACUCAUCGCCUCAUACAGGGACUAUCCUGCCGUCGCCUAUGGUCCCUGUUGGGUCGGCUCCGACGAUUGAUAUCGAGAAAAUCCCGCGCGAGCCCCCCGCCCCCGAGCCGGAGCCCCUCGACCAUCUGUACGGACCGUUCGUGUCGCAGCUCUGCCUGACCAACUUCCUCCAGAUCAUCGAAACCCUCCCCACCCCGUACCAGCGCACCAACACUGCGCACCGGUGCCUGGACCGCCACGACCAACCCCGUGUGGUGGAAGUGACAUUCUCGCCCCCUCCCAACCCGGAAUAUCUCACCUUCGCGGAUCUCCGGAAACACGAGAGCAUAUGGCGGUUUGAGCGGGAGUGGAAUGUGGAGGUGGUUCUCCAGAGGGAGAGCGUCUUCCGCCGUCACAAGCGGUUGGUGGUGUUUGACAUGGACAGCACCUUGAUUCAGAACGAGGUGAUUGACGAAAUUGCCAAGUUCAUUGGCGUGGAGAAGGAGGUUUCUGAAAUCACGGAACGUGCGAUGAACGGUGAACUGGACUUCUCCGCAUCUCUCCGCGAGCGCGUUGGUCUGCUGAAGGGCGUUCCUGCGGAUGUCUUUGAGAAGCUCAAGUCCGUCAUUACCAUCUCCCCCGGCGCGCGUGAGCUCUGCAAGGCUCUGAAGGCCCUUGGCUGCAAGAUGGCAGUGUUGAGCGGAGGCUUCCAGCCCCUCGCAGAAUGGCUCGCGGACCAACUUGGUCUCGACUACGCCCAUGCCAACCAUCUGGAAAUCGAUGCCGCGUCGCAAACAUUGACCGGCAAACUGGUCCCCACAUACCCUAUUAUUGACGCGGCCCAGAAGCGCUCCCUCCUCCACUCCAUCGCUGCGGAGCACGGGAUCCCCAUUUCCCAGACCAUCGCUGUUGGCGACGGUGCCAACGACCUGCUUAUGCUCCACGCCGCCGGCCUCGGAGUGGCCUGGCGCGCCAAGAGCAAGGUCCAGCUCGAGGCCCCAACCCGCCUCAACGGGGAGAGCCUCGUGGAUAUCCUCUACCUUCUGGGAUUCACCACGCAGGACAUCGGCGAGUUGAUUGCGUAG